CAACAUCCGGGAGUGUUUGCGUCCAUAGUUACCAAAAAACUCCGGGAAGUCUCUGUUGACAAGUGGUUUUACUAACAACAGCUAUUUAAUAAUAAUUGAAUACUUUGUUGUGUUUUUUUCUCUCGAAAUACAGCUGAAGAGAAUCACACUAUGGAAAUUAUCAGAGGUAGUUUAGACGACAUUUCCCGACCUGCAUCGAGUGAACAAACAGGUAGCCGUGUGUCGAGCGUGUCAUUGCCUCAUAGUGACUUGAGAAUUUGUCCUACAACUCCGUUUGCCCUUGUUGUUUUGACUAACGAUUCUGCUGAUGUGCAGAUCCAGAGCAGCUCUGAAGAAACUAUAAUCAACUCCUCAGCCAGAGCUCCCGACAAAGGUCAGUGUCAGGUUGAUGUUACAGAUGAAGAGAGGGAAGAUUCCAAACUACAGAGAGCCAUUGAAGAAAUGAGACGACUUGAUGAAAUACUGUCUGCAAAGAUCUGCAAAGAAAAAGAAGUCAAGCGUCAAAGGAAAGAACUUCAAGCAAAACUCUGGCAAGAGCUCCUGCAGAAUAAGCCUGAAGGUCACUGUGAAUGUGUCCAUGAAGCUUUGAACACAAGGUUGUUUUUGGCUCUGGACGCACCCACUGGGACAGAAGAGGAGGACGACUUUGUGCCUGUGUUUGAAACUCAGGUUCCUGACUGUGAGCACAACAAAGACAGCCAAUACUUGGAGCAAAGUGGAAAGAGGCCAGACAGCUCAAUAGAAUCUUUUGAAGUAGGCCACGAGGAGAUUGGGGAAGAGCAAUUUGAAGGCAGCCACUGUGGAGCUUCCAAAGGCAAGAAAAAACAGAAGGACUUUGUCAAGAGAAACAUUGAGCUAGUAAGUGGUGAGGGGGACCAAGUGCUUUUGACCCAGGCAGAGAAAGAGCGUCUGGCUGAGCUCCUCCGAGAAAUAGACGAAGAGGAAGAGGAAAGUGCCAGAGGCGCAGAUGGCGAGGAGGACAUGUGGGCUGUGUCAGUCCUGACAGACCAGGGUUACACCCCAGAGCCCUCUGACCUGGAGCAGCUGAUUGACAUCGACUCCAAAAUUCGCCUUCUCCUUCCUGUCGAAGAAUUUCUCUCAGUGCAAAGCUCAUACAAAAACCUUAGCAUGUCCCAGGGCCAUGGCUCAGAGGUUGGCUGGAAGUGCAAUGGGGACCCGCAGCCAGGAGAGAAGGUCCUGCAGGAUAUAAAGGAGAGGAGAGGGCAGGAGGGGCGGCUCCAAGAGAUCCAACAGCAGCUGGAGAUCCUGGGCCAGAGCCAUGAGAUGACUAAUGAGUCACCAGACCUUACUGAGGAGCAGUUACUUAGUCUGCUGGAUGAAUGUGAGCUGACAGAGAGCUGGAUCCAGGAUCUUGAGACGAAUGACACAUGAGACCCUGAAAAAAGACUCAGAUGGGCCCGAUCCAUCUGAAGCCCUGCUGUCGCCUAUCAAAAGAUGCAUCAUUGCUUAGAUAUCACUAUCACACUACUAGGGGUUGUAAGAGAAAAAUUACUGGAUCUAAACAUAUUUAAUUACCAGAAUAUUUCAUUAUCACAAAAGACAUUUUGAUCUCACAACUCCUGAGUGACAAAAUUCACUGUAAGGCUUUUAGAUUUAUGUAGACAUAACUAACCUGUCUUAUAUACAGUAACAUAAACUGAUUAUGUGUGUAUUACAGUGUGUCAGUAUUGUAAAAAUUGUUUACUUUUGGUUAAAUGGCAAACUGAGGAUGAGAACUAUUAUUUUUAUCCUAAUUUGUCUCCAUGUGUUCAACAUGUAGCUGGAUUGCCUCCCAUUGUUUUUGUUUUUAUGGUUCUGCAUAAGGAAACGGAGCAGCAGGGCCACCCUUUGUAUUAACCUAAGUAUCAUAAAUGAGAACAGAAAAUUGCUGUCAUUAAAUCUAAUAACCGGG